AGUUACGAUCGACAAUUUAUACGUACAUUUAUACGGUACUCUCUCACAUCUACCCCUUCAUCCAUCAACUUCCGAAUCUAUCCUACGAUUUAACAAAAAAAUCAAAGAAAAUUACGCAUGUCCGACGUGAACGAGCAAUCUGUUGCUGCGGACAAGGGAGCCAAUAUGCAGAACAUUUCGUCGGCCACCACAGCCGCUACAACUAAAUCCUCAACCACUACUUCUGUGGAUGGAUCUUCGUCCCUCACAGCUCCUGCCUCUGCUUCACUUCCUGCAAAACCUACAACGGUGUCUAAAGCACCCAAGAUCCCUACAAGUGAAUACGAUUAUUAUAUUGUACUUGAUUUCGAGGCAACUUGCGAUGACAACAAGCCUGCCUCUGAACUCUUAGUCACAGCUGCAACAUCAGAGAUCAUUGAGUUUUCAUGGCUCUGUGUCUCAAAGACUAAUUUUGCAAUUCUACAUGAAGAGCAAAGAUAUAUCAGGCCUAUGUCAACACCCCUAACACCAUUUUGCCAGAACCUUACUAAAAUCACACAUGAGAAGCUUGAGAAUGGUGGAACGCUAGUCGAGGCAAUCGAAUCCCUCGAUAUGUACAUUACCUCCGAAAUCUUGGACAAGGGCAAUUCGUUUUGCUUUGUUACUCAUGGUGCCUGGGAUCUGCGGAUCCAGCUGCCAAGAGAAGCUAAAGAUAAGGAUGUGUUCACGCAAGCAACUGACCCAGCACAGAUUCUCAGCAUGUUCAAGAAGGAUGAGUCAAAGAUCGUACGCAUUUCGUCUUUGUCAUUCGACAUUACACAAUCGGAAUUGGAAGCCUUUUUUGCUUCCAAGGAUCUCAAGCCUAAGGAGCUAGUAAUGCUUACUAGUGGUGGUAAUAAUAGACCUAGUGGUGGUGGGUUCGCUGUAUUCGAAAAGCAUGCUGAUGCGUUGGCUGCUCUAGAGCUAAACGGAGCACCCCUUGGACAGCGAGCGAUCGAGGUCAUACCCUCAAGCAAAGCAAGCAUGGAUAUCUUGAAAGGGAAGCAUUCAAGCUUUCAGAACACACCUAAUAAGCACCAUUCGCCAUCAAGACCUGGUGACUGGACAUGUAACAUGUGCCAGUUUGUCAACUUUUCUUCGAGACGGGCAUGCUUAAAAUGCCAAUCUCCAUCUCCUGAAGGAGCUGUGCCAUCUCAACCGGCAAACUUUACUUCAGGUGACUGGAUGUGUACUCAAUGUAAUUUCCACAAUUAUGCCUCUCGCACUCAAUGCCUUCGCUGUCAGUCACCAAGACCUGGUACAUCCGGGAAUGGAGGUGGACACGGUAAUGGAGGACCAAUGGCGUCACCACACCACCAUUCUCAUCAUAACCACCAUCAUCAUCCAUAUGCAUCAGGGGGAAGUGGUGGUGGUGGCGGUGGGCACUCUAUCUCUUUCCGUCCUGGUGACUGGAAUUGUCCCAAUUGUAAUUUCCAGAACUUUGCAUCAAGAACUGUAUGUAUGCGGUGUUCAACUCCUGUUCCUACUGGUGGGCAAGGAGGCGGGCACUCCGGAGGCGGCGGCGGUGGCGGUGGUUACCGUGGCGGGAACUCUGGCUAUGGUGGAUAUAAUGACAAUAGUGGAGGUGGUGGUGGUGGUUACAAUAAUCAUCAUGGUGGUCGGGGAGGAUCACACGGUGGUAAUUAUGGUGGUGGUGGUGGCGGUGUUGGCGGUGGCCAAUAUGGCAACCAAGGCGGUGGAGCAUACUCGGGUGGUGGUGGACCUAGUGGUGGGCAAGGUGGCCAUUCCUUCAGACCUGGCGACUGGAGUUGUCCAUCAUGUAAUUCUCAUAAUUUCGCAUCUCGAUUCCAGUGCAUGCGAUGUGGUCUGGCGAAACCUCAGCGCGAUUCCUCACCUGCGCCCAAUAAUUACGUUCCUAUGAACUCGAUGAAGCCUGGAGAUUGGAUGUGUCCGAAUACUCAAUGCGGCUAUCAUAACUUUGCAAAGCGCACGACAUGCGCUCGUUGUAACGCUGCUGCACCCAACCAAGUGUGGUGAAGGUCCCAGUCUGUCUCCAACUGUCUGUCUGUCACUCUCACUCUCACUCUCUCACUUUCUCAUAUGGAGUGAAGAAAAGAAGGAAGGAAGGGAGGAAUGGAUCCUUGGCACGGUCAAGACUUCUAGGGGUUUCCACGGAGAGAGGCAGCAUUGUCGUCGGAAAACUAUCGACUUGGCAUAUUUCAUCUUACUGGGACGCAUAGUUGGAUUUUUUUUUUAAAAAAAAAAAAAAA